AUGCUGGAAAGCAUACGGUCGAUUAGUUUGGGCAGUUCGAAGAAAGGGCCAACCAUACCUUAUUCGAGCCACGGGACGUGGUCUCCGGCUUCGGUCGUUCGAUGCAAGGACGACUUCCUCAACGAGGGCGUUCGCCUUCGAGUACAGAAGACCGAUCCUUGCAACAAGAGGCAGCCCCUCCCUCAGCUGGUCGACUGGAACCGAAACAGAAGCGAGAGCUGCAGCGGCACAAGCAUUCCAAGGCCGUCCAAAGUCUGCCCACGAAUCGGAAACGGAAGCCCUGUGGACGAAUUAUGUGCCGAAUGCGGAUUUUGCGUUACGCACGACAGAGUGUCAGUACAGAAGAUCCUCUAUCAUCGUGGAUGCUUCAAAUGCACGCAGUAA